UUCCUCCUCUUCAUCUCUCUCCCCUCUCCUCUCUCUCUCUCAAGGCGCCGGGGAGGUCCGGCGGCGGCGGCGGCCGGCGACGCGGCGGCGACGACGGGAGCGCUGGCCGGGGUGGGGGGAAACUCGGCAGGUCGCGGGCGGAGCAGAGGGGUGGCCGGAGCGGCAGGUCGCGAGCGGCGGAGGUGGCCGGAGGAGGAGGUCGCCGGCGAGACGGGGAGCUCGCGGAUCCGGAGCUGACGCCCGCCGCCGCCGCCGCCGCAGCAGUAGCAGCGCUCGCCCGGGAAGGCGCCUCGUCGCGCACCAGGCCAACGGCGCCGCUAGUCUGUCAAUGGCGACGAGAUGAGAUGAGAGGAGAGCGUGUAUCAAACCAUGCGACGACACUGUGUUGGGUAGGUGGUGUCCUCUUCUAGCCAUGGAUCUGCUCAUGUUUUUUAUUUCUUUUUCUGAAAAUUCUUACUGCAAAUACUAGCUUGUUUGGAAUGUCUGAAUUUCUACUGAUCUAUACGGUCGAGCACCUCUUCUUCGCCCAACUCUACGACGACCGCAAGCAGCGGGAGGCAUGCAUGUCGAUGUCCAGGGCGGAGCACGCGCACGAGUCGUACGUGGACUACCUCAAGCCCAUCAUCGCCGACGUGCCCAGCCUGAGGGAGUUGCUGGAGCGGAUACCGGCGCCAGAGGUGGAGCGCCUCCGGACGGGGUGCGGCUCCGGAAAGAAGAGAGGAGCGAGAAGAAGAUAGGAGCGAGGAUGAGGAAGAAGAGAGAAAAGAAGGGAGGAUUAAGCUUUCUAUCGAUAGUGGAUUGGUCAGAAUCUGUCAACAUCAGCCUGAUCACAUUCAGGUUGUUGAGGGUGAUGCUACCAUGGAAAGGGUGGACGAUGACGAAGACGGAAUGGCUGCUCGAGAGUCAAUCUUUUUUACAGGAUGGAAUCAAAAUUCAGUUCCAGGCGGCGUCUUGAACAUCUUCAUCUGCGUUGCUUUGAUCUUAAUAUCUCUUGUCCUAGUCGCGAUGGCAUUAAAGGAGCUUGAAAAUGAUAGUACUCCUACAUGUUUCGAACAGUUGUCGUUUGGCUGAGUCUAGUGUCACGACCUGAAUAUUAUUAAGUCCAAGGUUAUAAAAGAAUUGUGAAUUAAUUAAUUAUGAUUGCUACCUCACUGGACAUUGACUCUAUGUUGGAGUUCUGUAGCCAGUGGCGAAGGAAUAGGAAUAGGAGUAUCACACAUUUAACUAUUCAAUUACAUAUGCAGUAAAAGAACAUGCUUCGCUGAAAAUUUUUUGGAUGGAAAAUUUUCGGACCUGUGUCCCAAUGCACCAGGGAAA